AGAGAGGGAGAGAGAGAGAGAGAGAGAGAGAGGGAGAGACGGAGAGAGGGAGAGAGAGAGAGAGAAAGAGAGAGAGAGAGAGAGAGGGACAGAGGGAGCGAGUCGAGCGACAACAGAAGUGCGUGAGGGACAGAGGGAUCGACUACUGGAGAGGAGCAAGAGAGCAAGCUUGACGGCAGCAGAGGCGUUUGGAAGUCCAGUGGAGCGAAGCAGAGCGGUGGGAAGGAGCAGGGGGCCGACCCAGCAGCCAGGGGCCGGGGGCCGCAUCAUGCCGGCGGACACCCAGCAGCCGAGAGACACCACUGACCCACUGAACCCUCUGCAACAAGCGGUUCUCCGCCCGGGCCGACACAGGAAGCCCAUGACGCCCCACCGGAACACGGCGUCCAAGAGGAAGAGGGUGGUGCUGACGGUGCUGACCGUCAUCGUCGUGCUGGGGAUACUGGUCACAGCCGGCUACUUCAUCAAGCAGCUGAUUGACACCAAGUACUACUUCUGCAAGCGCUCCAUCAAGUUCAUCCCACUGGACAAGGCCUGCGAUGGGACCAGCGACUGCACCGACGGAGAAGAUGAGCUCACGUGCGUCUCCUCCUUCACAGACAACACCACCUUUCCAGUGCGCCUUAUCACACCGGCCGGCGUUCUGCAGGUGUACAACGAAGGCGCCGGCUGGAGGAGUGUGUGCGGCGACGACUGGACCGAGAAGCACACGGCGACAACGUGCCAGCAGCUGGGAUACACACAGAACCCCCAGAGGACCGUUCUGUCAGUGACGGCCCUGGGGGCCUCCCUGAGCAAGGGGCCCUUCACAGCAGUCCAGUCCGGGACCGGAACCAGUCCCAUUCAGACGGCCACCAUCGACCGCACGGAGUGCAGAACCGGACAAGUAAUAUCACUCACCUGUUCAGACUGCGGCCAGGGAGGAUCCGAGGAGCGCAUCGUGGGCGGGACGGACGCCCUGAUCCAGGACUGGCCGUGGCAGGUGAGCCUGCAGCAGAACGGAGGGCACACCUGUGGCGGCUCGCUGGUGUCCCCGCGAUGGGUGGUCUCUGCGGCCCACUGCUUCACAGGGACUAAGAGGGAGGUGGGCCGCUGGCGGGCGGUGACGGGGAAGACGUACAUGAGCAGCCUGGGGGGCGCAACCGUCGACCGCAUCGUCAAGAACGGGCGCUACGGCAGCAACGACUACGACAUCGCCAUGGUGAGGCUCAGCAGCCCCCUGAGCCUGGGAGAGGGCCGCCGGCCGGUCUGUCUGCCUCCCAAAGACCUGGGUCUCAUAGCAGGAAGCCCCCUGGUGGUGACGGGAUGGGGGUACCUGGAGGAGAAAGGGAAGACGUCCGCGUCGCUGCAGAAGGCGAGCAUCCCCCUGAUCAGCAGAGAGAAGUGCUCCAGCCCCGCCAUCUACGGCUCCAACAUCACGCCCAGGAUGAUCUGCGCAGGCCUACUGCAGGGGGGGGUGGAUGCCUGCCAGGGCGACAGCGGGGGGCCUCUGGUGCGCCUCUCCUCGUCCCGGUGGCGGCUGGUGGGUGUGGUGAGUUGGGGGGUGGGCUGUGCCAGGCAGGGGAGGCCGGGGGUCUACAGCAACGUGGACCAGCUGCUGAACUGGAUCCACAGCGUCAUGGAGGAGAACCAAUAAGGAGGGCCGAUGAACUCACGGAACAGAGGGACGUUUCUUCCACGGAGAACAAACCAUACCAAAUGACUCCUGUCCCAAAGCUAUUAUUAUUACAUAUGCAAGUCCACGCUGACACACACAGACACCCCCUCACUCACCCUAACCCUGGGUUAGAUGAUCCUCAGCUGACACACACAGACACCCCCACACUCACCCUAACCCUGGGUUAGAUGAUCCUCAGGUGACACACACAGACACCCCCACACUCACCCUAACCCUGGGUUAGAUGAUCCUCAGGUGACACACACAGACACCCCCUCCUUCACCCUAACCCUGGGUUAGAUUAUCCUCAGAUGAGGCCCUUUGCCGUUUCAGGCCUCCAACAUCUCAGGGGAUGACCAACAUGUACUGUCAGUGGUCUCUACCACCCAGACCUUCAGCCACUAUUUACUGUGAAGGUAGGCCUAUUGGAUGCUUUAAUAAGUCCAUUAUUGUAAACAUUUUAAAUGUCCACCAAGAAUCGCCGUCAUACCAUAUUGUAACACAUGUCUUGCACUUUCUGUUCCUCUUGCGUGAUCGCUAUUCAGUAAAAUGUCUCCACUUGAGCACUUUAAGGGACUAAAGUAGGCCUUUUGGUGCUUCGCUUUGAUGUUUCUAAACAAGGAUGUCCAAGCCUUAAGUACCUAGCCUUGAGGACCUAGCCUACAGUACCUAGCCUUCAUCCUUGAGGACCUAGCCUUGAUCCUUGAGGACCUAGCCUUGAUCCUUGAGGACCUAGCCUUGAUACUUGAGGACCUAUCCUUGUAGGAGUCACUGGUUGUAAAUAUAAAACCUGAUGAGAUUUGCAGCUGAUUGUGAUCUUUAAUUCGAAGGUUAAUUCGAAGGUUAUUUCGAAGGUUAAUUCCAUUAUUGAGUCGUUAGGAUCUCUUUGUGAUCAACCAAUGGGAUGGUUUGUAACGUUUUGCACACAUUUAUCGUUGUGUUGAACAUGUUUUUGUUAUUGAAAAGAUGUUUGGGCAGGAAGACAUCAAACAGUCGCUCAUCUCUUUCUUCCUAUCUGUGUAGUGUGCUGGGGUUAUUUUGUGCUUUUGUAAAUGUUACUAUGGAUGUGACACUUCAGAGUUUGUUAAUAAAACAAAGUACAAAAAGU